AUGAGUGAAUCUGACAGCGAAGUUGAUCAUCUUACCACCAUGCUAUCAAGCGCUGAGGUUGCUACUCUAUCAACCGACGAAAUUCGGACAGCACACGAAGAAUUCAAACAAACCUUUAAGGAUCUCCGACGGAGAUCAAUUCAGAUUCCAUCAACAAUGCGAUUGUUACUACGAUGCGCGGCUAAGGAUCACGAUGGUCUUGUCUAUCCCUUUACCGCUAGGGCUCAUACUGCCCAUCCUGAAACCCUGCUAAAGGCGCUGUCAACCUCCGCCGGACUGGCCUUUUUUAUCAACGAAGAUGUGGGUGCACACAUGUGCACAGACUGUACUCGGGAAACUGGAGGACAAACACAUUUACUUCAGCUUACACCAGAUCUACGGCGGGUCUUGCGGGAAAAUUCAGGAGCUGACAUUCAUCCAUGCCCCUGCGGUAAUCUAUCCUUAGUCUCUUUGUGGCGGCAGGAAGAUGUUACGACACUAGGGAUAUUAUAUCCAGUAACUCGACCCGAACAGAGUGGGGAUCUAGAAGGCGCAAAACUCUACGGAGCAUGUUCCUUGACCUGCGUGCUGCGGGGAUUCAUGGACGGGUACAUCGCUUCGACUCGUCGGUGGAAACAUAGUCCUUUUUUGUACCCUGAAGAAGUUGACGAACGAACAGGCGAGACGCUGGUCUUACCAAACGACUCGAGUCUACAUGUAGUGACAAUUGUGCAUGUACUACCCGCAGCACAGUUUGCUUAG